CAGGUAACCGGGAGUUGCUUUCCUUUCGCUCAAAGGCUGCUGGGAAAUUUUCAAUGUGGCGGCACCAUGAGCCGCUAACAGUAAAAGAAGAAGACGACCUGCGGAGGGACUGGAGUUAGAGCUGCGUCCAGUCAGUCAUGGAUGACGUCAGCACUGUGAUGUCCUGGUUCUCCAGCCCCGUCUACAGCCGCUACUGGCAGCACUACCGGCAGGCCAUGGCCUGGAGCCGGAGGCACCAGGGAGCCUACAGGAAGGCCUGGGAGGCUGCUUAUGGCAGGGCACGGCAGCGCCGCUACGCCGACUGGCAGGCCAGCGGGAGCRACCGCAGCAGCAGCAGCAACGACGACCACGCAGAAGACGAAAGCAGCUCGGACAGCGACAUCGAGUGCGACGUCAGCAACAUGGAGAUCAGCGAGGAGCUGCGGCAGUACUUCGCCCACACGGAGAGACACAGAGAGGAGCUGAGGAGGCAGCAGGAGCUGGAGGCGGAGCAGCAGGACAGCUACGUCCCGGCCGACCAGGACUUGCGCGCCGUUGGCCGCCGCACCAGCGCCGCGCCCCCUGCCGAGCGGCCGGGCGAGAGGCGGGCCGCCGAGAUGAAGAAGCUGUACGGCCAAGACGCGGCCAAGAUCAUGGCCAUGGAGGCGGCCAUGCAACUGGCGUUCGAUAGGAACUGCGACCUGAAGCAGCCCAAGUACUGGCCCGUCAUCCCGCUGAAGCUGUGACCUUCACACAGGAGCUCCAGUUGUCAUCUCUGCCUCUUUGCAGCCAUGUGUCUUCUGACAUGUAUUUUGUCUUGUUUUUGUAUUUUACCAGAAAGUUAGUGAAUAAUAAAGUGUUUUAUGUCUAAAUAUUGAAA